GCAAUUGAACAGAGAGAGGCUUGAUACCCUCAUUUUGUUAAACUCCAGCCUGUUUGAGAAGAACUCGGGAGAAAAGACGUCGACUAAAAGAUGAUGGCACAAGGUGGAUAUUCCUCAACCGAUGAUGGGGAAGAAAGCGAAGAUAUCGAUGACUCCUUUAUUCUUCCUUUUAUGAAUCCAGCUGUCACAUUGUUUGAGAAACAGGGUGAUGAAAAAUUCCAAGCGAAGAUGUACGAAGAAGCUUCAAUGUGUUAUACAGCAGCGAUGGAAGAGCCAAUCAUGCCCUUUAUAGAUAUCUCUAUCAUUUCCGAAAGGCUCUUUCGAAAAAGAGCAGGGUGUUUCCUAAAAAUGGGCAAUUAUCUAAACGCUAUUCAGGACAGUGAGAAAGCCAUUCAAGUGGCAAAUAAUCACAACAAUCCGAACCUAGCAAAGUCAGUUUACAUCAAGAUGAAAGCAAUCAUUUCCCUAGAAGACUAUCCUCCAGCUUUUCCUUUGGCACUGUGGUACAAGCAUUUACUUCCAAAUUGUGAGAAAUCAAGAGCAGCUUUAAACGACCUCAAAGAGAAACUGACGGAAGAGUUUACAAAGGAUGAAUCUGUCAUUGACGAAGUAUUAUUUGAAAUGCUCUCUUUUGCCCAUGGAAUGACAAUGGAUCCAGAUACACUUGAGCUAGCCCUGGAAUGUUACACUGAGUUAUUGGACUUACUAGACUUCCUAAUUAUACCCGAAGUCCAACUUAGACAAGCUAAAUGCCUACUACAAUCGGGAAGAUGCGAUGAAGCAAAAGUGGCCUGUGCAAAAGUCCUAUGGUUCGCAGGUGAUAACGUGGACGCUUUGAGUCUAAUGGGUGAAAUUACACGACAGAUAAGAGAAAGAGAAAUGAGACAAGCGAAGGAAAUGACAGAAUUACAAGGCACUACAGGGUCUCCGUUGGAAAAAGGAAAGGAGAAGAAUGUGGCCAAGCUGAGUAAUUAUACAGAUGAACAGCAAGGAGGUGAGCGGCAAACUGCACAGAGGAAGGAGGAAUCUCCUUUUCAUGUUGUUACAAAUGCGGUGCAAAAGAAGAAGGAAGAUUUAGAUCUAGCACAGGUCGAAAGCGUGAACACCAAAGAACAGGGAAAUAAUCAAAGGAAAAAGAAGAGAAAUAAAGAGAAGAAAAAGAAAAAGAAAGCGAGGAAAAAGGCUCAGAAGAAAAGCGCAAGUUCCCCAGAUCUACCACCGGUGAGCAGCGACAUCAAUAUACCAUCUGAUGAAAGCCUUGACGAAGAUGACUCGCAAGCGACGGAUUCUGUCAUUGGAGAUCCAGAUAUAGGCUUUGGCUCUCUCAACAUAGUCACCUCACCGUUUACACUUAAUGUUACCGAAGUCGAUGGAUACGAGGAGUCAGACGGUGAAGAGUUUAUUCUUACACAGAAUACUCGCUGCCUAGGGUCAACAACAGGAAAUAAAAUUUCCUCAGAUUGUAAACAGACGUUUGGAGGGACAAUUUCCAGUCUUGAUUGGAUUGGCACAUCUGACGAGAAUCCUCGGUCAUCUGAUCUUGCUACCAGCAAACAGCCGAAUUCUCAGCCUAUGGAGGAAAAACCACUUAUAACACAAAGGCAGAGCUUAGGAUUCGGUGAUGCAACGUCGAAUGCUUUAACUCCAGUGACAGCUGAAAAUGUUAAACCAAUUGGUUUAACAUCUCAAACAAUAGUUGCAUCGCAGGGGCAGACGACAUAUGCAAGUGUUACUUCUAGAAACCUGGUCCGCGACAUGAGCCAAACAAGGAGUGAGGCGAAAACAUUUAGUAAUUAUGACGACUUUCCGACUUUGGAUAGAAGCUCUCUUCAGGUAUCAGCGAGCUCUUCUAGUGCUGUCUGGAGCAAUUUAAGAAAAGCUCACCAACUUCCAAAUGAAUCCACUCUUGUUGGCGUAUACUACGACCAAUCACUCAGGAAAAGUCCUGUUCAACCAGGUAGUUCCACUGUUUCUUUCAGCUCUCCCCGACCUGAACAGUGGCAAAGGUCCUUAACGACAGCCCCAAUUAUCCAGGGUUUUCAAAGCGGUGGAAUAGCAAAUGCGUCGACUGGUUCAAGCAAUCGUGUACCCAUUCCUGAAAAGGUUUUUGUUGUUUGUGGCCACUUUUUGAGUAAAAGACCUUCGUGUGACUACGCGCAGGCGAAGACCUGUCAAUGGUGUGAGGAUAGUAGCUUGCUACAUUACGCCAUCUGGAAUGACAUCCACCAUUGCUGGCAAGUAAUAAGGCCAUUUCCUGUGGGUAAGAUUCCCCCCAACGCUCUCCUAAAUGUAUGCCGGCAUUUUGCCAUUAAAGCGUCCUGUCGAAAGGAACCGUGCUCUUAUGCUCAUGGGGAAAUAGAGAAGCAUCUCUGGGAAAAGCAGCGAGAAGGCAGCCUUCCCACCCCUAAAGAGAGUCUACGAGUGUUACGAUCUAUCAACGGCCCAGCAACUACACAGCACCUUACACAGGAGAUAGAUACUAGUUUCUUGCCGCUCCAGACGACGGUAAUUAUAACAGAAUGUGCUACGAUGGCCUCUUUCACAACUUCCACAGGAAACGUGUACCCUGGUGUUGACGCUGUUGCAUCCCAAAGCAAGAUUGCAAGUCUUCAAUUGAGGCCUACCACUGACGUUCAGUCAGGUAAACCCUCAACAUUUAGCCAUAUCUCAGCUACACCUGCACCCGAAGCAGCUCCAACAGGACCCAUUUCCUACCAAAGCCCCACUAAAGACGGAGUUCACACUGCUUCUCCUCUUUUCUCCAGCACAACAGCUAUGGCAUCUGGUGAAUCCUCUCUGCCCCUUCAAUUUUUACUUUCCGACAUAAAGAUUCAAGAGGCGAAUUCUAAAGGAAAUACAUCAUGUACGAGCUCCCUCGCAAAAGAGACAGAAAAUCCCAUUGCACCCAUCGCAGCCUCUGUCAAACCUACUAAUAUGAUGUCAAAAGUACAACAUGUAGGGACUGUCAUGUCUCAUACCCAAGGAGCAGAGAGUUCCACCGCUUCCACUUGCCCUUCAUCUUCGGAGAACACUGAGAUAAUUUCUACUCCAGUUCAAUCGUCUGCGCAAACAUCCAUCAAGACCUCUCAGGGCGUUAGCCAAAGCUGUAUUCCCUCCGAAAGUACUGUUGCGGAACGCUCUACAAAUUCUCAAUCUAUCACUUGGUCUAACGUUCUCAAGACUCCUGGAAGACCUUCUACACCGAUUCAAAAGACGACUGCCAUCCCUACAAACAACUCUUCCAAUGAAUAUAGAAAAGUACCAACUGGUGUUUACGUCGUGUGCGACCAUUUUCUUAAAGAAAAUCUUCAGCGGGCGGCUAGUGUUUCCCACAAAGACAAACCUUGCAAAGGCUGCGAGAAGCGGUCAAAGUUUAAAUACGCUUUCUGGAGUGUCAUUUGGAAACGAUGGGAAGAAAUAAGGCCCUAUCCCAAAGACGUGAAUAUUAAUUUUGCAUUUAGGGUAUGUCGUCAGUACUCCAAACACGAACGCUGUCUUAAAAUACCGUGCUCAUUUGCCCACGGUGAGCAGGAGAAAACCAUGUGGACGAUGGAAAGAGAAGGGGUUCUUCCUACUCCGCGGGAAUUUCUUACUGGGUCAUUUAGUGGCAACCCAUCUGCUUCGGCCGAGAAGUCCUCAGCAAUGCACCUUUCCUCCCAACUUCUUUACAGACCUUCCCCCCCAGGAGUAACAAAUGGCUCCUAUGGAUUAUGCAGAAGUUGCCACACACGUGAACGGUGUAGAUUUGGUAGAGGGUGCAUCUAUGCUCACAGCCAGCAGGAACUGAAUGAAUGGAAACAGGAGUACGAUAGAAAAUUAAAGGAGAAAGCAAAGGAAGAUAUUAAAAAGAGAGAGGAACUGUUUUCUUCAGAAAUGGCAUCAAAAUUCUUAAAAGCGCCUCCGGAAGACCAAGUGGAAUGUCUGCCUGGAGUUGAGGUUAUUUGCUCACCUCAGGAGCUUAAUGUAAAACUUCGGGACAAAGAGCAGUUUAAGUGGAUAUUUACUCUUAGCUUCAAGCCAGAUGAGGUAGGAUCGUUGCAGAAUGUUUUUCUCCUCAACCGAUACCACAGCUGUUAUCACUUAUCAGAAAUUCGUGUUGGCUGCAUUGAAGAAAAGCGUGGCUCUGAGACGUACAAGCUCUUAUACACAGCCAAGCUGGAAGACUCUUGGUACAAGUCUCCAAACUCAGAAAGACUGGUUGGGCGUGUAAAGGUGGCUCUCGCAGUCUCGUUCGAAUCUUCUCUGUAUGGAAGCUUUGAACAGUUGGUUUUAUUUGACUUUGGGAGGAAGCCCUACCUAGUGAAAAAACUCAAUGCUGAUGUUACGAGUGAGUCAAAUACACUCCCCAUCGCACGAGAGCAUCUCGCCUCGCAGGCGCCAGCAAUAUGGGACGAAAGGUCAGUGGAAGUGGUCAGAUUCAACCAGGCAACAAGAGAGGCUCUUAAGGCAGAACACUUGCUAAGGAAGUACAGUCUUCCUAGACAACUAGAAAUUGCUGAUGAGUUUCUGAGCCCUAAGAUCUACAAAAGUGUCAUGCAUCAAUUACUAUUUGUGGAGGAGAGGUUCAUGAAAGAAGAAAUAUCACGUUACACCUUAAAUAAUGCCCAGCUACAUGCACAGCGGAAUAUCUUCAACGAGAUAACUGGAAUGAAGUUUGCUGUGGAUGGCGAAUUGUUUGGUGUCCUCCGUCUGCAGGAAGAAGACGCUCUUAGACCAGACGAUGCAGCCGGUCGUCUCCUUUAUCGCAACGUCAAUUCUGUCUGGCUGCAACUGGCCGAUAGUGGAUCUAAAACGGUUUACGAAGCUCCAGUGGAGAAAGUGGAGAGUGAGAGCGUUGUUCUAAGACUGCCGUCCAAAUUGUGCUCAGACCUAAAGCUACAUGACACCUGUGAUGCUGCCGUUAAUGCUCAGUUCCAGCUGAAUCGGUUGCCUCUUUGUCAGUUGCACGAAGCUGUUGAAAGACUUACCACAGGACAGUUACGUCUCAUAUUUCCGGAUCCAACUGUUGGAACUCUCAUAAGCGAAGUAAAAAUUCGUUGGCAAUGGCUUCUCGACAAGCGUUUGAAUACAAAUCAAAAGAAAAUCAUCGAAAGGAUUGCUUCCCUUGAAGACAAUGCCCUCCCUCUGGUCGUAUUUGGUCCGUUUGGAACAGGAAAAACAUUUACCCUUAACCAAACCGUACGUCUUUUGGUGCAGCUGGACAAAUCGCACAGAAUUCUGUUAUGUACUCAUUCCAAUCGGGCAGCAGACAUCCACGUGGAAUUGUUGCAUGAGUAUCUUACCAAGAAUGGAAUACCUGCAGCAAGGCCUCUAAGGGUUUAUCAGCCAAUGAGAAGACUCGAAACUGCAUCUGUGGUAGCCAGAAAGUAUUGUUUGAUCAAGGAUGACAUGUUUGUUUUGCCUUGUCGGGAUGACGUCGUUGAGCAUCGCGUAGUGAUUACAACGCUGAGCACAUCACAAGUGCUUCUUGAUCUGGAAGUGCUGCACGGAUUCUUCACUCAUAUCCUCAUCGAUGAGGCCGCUCAAGCGCUUGAACCCGAGGCCUUAAACCCGUUGAAGUUUGCGGGAACAAACACAAAAAUAGUCUUUACAGGAGAUCACAUGCAGAUGAGCCCAGAAGUCUAUUCGCCUAAAGCGCGAAGUUUGGGACUUCAAAAGUCACUGGCUGAAAGGCUGUUCGACCUCUAUGAAAAAUAUGAGGCUGAAGCACCCAAGAGGAAUCCCAACCUAAAUAAGGAAUCUAAUGUUAUGUGGCUGACGGAAAACUACCGAUGCAAUGAGUAUAUUCUCAAGUUUCCCUCUGAAAAUUUCUAUGGUAAAAAGCUGAUUGCUCGUGGACAUGAAUCCCAACCGGCGCACCCGAAGUACGGGCCCCUUUUAUUCUUCUCGGCACGCGGUAAAGACACAAAAGAGCAAGAAAAUUCUUAUCUGAACACAUCUGAGGUUUAUGAAGUAGAGAAGAGAGUGAAAGAGAUUGCCGAUAGUUGGCCUGCUGUUUGGGGCCCCAAGAUUCUGUCUGAUAUCGCAGUAUUGUCUUCUUACCGUUACCAGGUCCAAGCUAUACGAAAAAGCUUACGAAAGGUAAAAGAUCUGAGGGAUGUAAAGGUGGAUACAAUCCAUAACGUGCAAGGAGAAGAAUUUCGGGUGCUUUUUAUCAGUACCGUGCGUACAUUUCAUACCUGCAAGCCUCAGCAAGAAGAAUUGCGUAACAAUGGAUCAGGUCAAAAACUUUAUUGGGAGUUUUUGUCUGAUCCAAAGUUACUUAACACAGCCGUGACGAGAGCGAGAUGCAUGGUGGCAGUGGUUGGCGAUCCUGUCUCUCUUUGCACAGUGGGAGAAUGUCGAGGAAUCUGGAGAGAUUACAUCAAGAGAUGUGAUGAUGCUGGUGGCCUGUAUGGGACAACAAUGAAAGAGCUAUCAAGAGAAAUAAGCGCUUCUAUUGCCAGUGUCCAGCUCAAUCCUUCAGCUGAGACAUUCAUUCCAACUUUCGUUCCAAAGGCUGAGAAGAGCUUGGGCGCAAAAGCGCCCGAGGACAAAACAAUAGAAAGUGCCCAAAAGGACGUUUAUGUAAAGGUGAUAGAAGAGAAAGGUGUUGGGAAAGUCCUGGAAACGAAGAGCGACACUCGAGAGGCAAAUGGCCAACAAAUCCUGAGUGAAGGAUCGACGGAAAAUGAUGCCUUGGACAACAAAGGUCGACCCAUUCUCAUCCUUAAGGAUCAGGAUCGGGGUGAAGAAGAGCCUGACGACGGCAAUGCAGACUCAAAAGACUUUCAAGAUAACCUUCUAGAGGACGAGACAGUAUUUCCGAGCGACAUGGACGAAAUAAUUCAGGCAUUUGUCCAAAAAUGUGAAGAAACACUGAAAAUGGACGAAGAACGCAAAUCAAUUUUUGACGACUCCGAAUUCCCUUCUCUUCAAGCGGUGAAAGACUUGAAACAGCGACCAAUCGAGCGCGUACAACACCCUGCAUUCAAGGGUGGUGCUGACAUAAAAGAUCUGUUCCCAGAGGUACGAGUUCGUUACGGCCGUAUUGAAGUGCGCCUUACUAACCUUGGCUUUUACAGAUCUCCCUCUGAAAGAGCGAAACGAAUCAUAAUUUCCUCAAAGCAACAGGAUUUUCUUGAUCCCUCUGUCUUGAGGCAGCUGGUUGCAGACGAACCGGAGAAAUACAUUGUCUGUAAUCUUCGUCUUAGUCCCGAAAAGUUGCACAUGGCUUAUGCAGAGGUAGAAGACACCAAGACGCCAUCUAUUCAAAUCAAAGGAAAGCUCCACCGAGCAUUUGAUAGAGACAAAGUUGUUAUAGAGCUAGCCGAGAGUAAAGCUCGCUCAAAGGCCGAUGAAAGUGAGCCAGCAGUCCAGGGAAGAGUUGUUGGUGUACUUGAACACAUAAUUAGUCCACACGAACGUCAGUUUGUAUGUACAACAGAUUACGCAAAUCCUGCGGUGAUGGUGCCCAUCAACAAAGCAGCAACCAAACUGGUCAACCUUACAGACAAAACCUGUGAGGAUAUUCCAAUGUACAAAAAGGAUCAAAACGGAAGAGCCACGAGGGUAAAAAUGUUUAAAAGAGAGAAAGUCCUCAGUGGGAAGUACCUCUUUGUUGUUAAAUACCUUCAGUGGAGAAGAGACUUCUGCAACCCUCUUGGUAUCGUUGUGCGACCUCUAUCCAGAGGACACGACUUGGAAAGUAGCAUGGAGAUUGCAUACGCUGAGCACGGGGUAAGACGAAAAUUUAAACAACAGACCUUGAGAUAUGUGGAUGAGAACUUUCCCCCAGGAUGGACUAUUCCUGAAGUAGAACGUAAUAAUCGCACCAAGAUUUCUGAUGCCAUCACAAUUGAUCCUCCCACAUCCAUGGACCUUGACGAUGCUUUGACGAUAGAGAAUAUUUCGCCUUCCAAGUUCCUAUUAGGGAUACACAUUGCCGAUGUCAGUUUCUUUGUCAGACCAAACACUCCAUUAGAAGAGGAAGCAUUCUCACGUUGUACUUCAUAUUACCCCGACAACGGACAUGAAAAUAUUCCCAUGCUUCCGCGCCAACUUAGUGAGAAUUUUUGCAGCCUUCUUCCUAAUGAGGACCGUCUUGCAGUAUCGGUUUUCGCCACCAUAAGCGAAGAGGGGAAACUAGUCGGUGAGCCACAGAUAAAACGCACAGUUGUUCGAUCCUGUUGUCGUUUGAGCUAUACUAAGGCUCAGAUGAUCAUUGAUGAAAAAGAUGCUAGCACAUCAGAAAUUCCAGAGGAGAUAAAGGGGAAGGUUAGACGGUUAAGUUCCUUAGCACAAAAGAGUAGAUUUCAUCGCCUCCGAGAUCGAGCAUUCGAUCACUGGCAAAACGAAGGAAAAGAUUUUGAAGCCCACGAGCUAGUAGAAGAAUGGAUGAUUCUAGCAAAUGAGGAAAUCGCAAAACUUUUGUCACAAAGGAACUCUGAAUUAGCACCUCUGAAGAUACAGCUGCCACCAAAAGAUCACAGACUGGCCGAAUGGAUUCAAAUAUACGGCAAGUAUACAAGAAUGUCACUAACGUUAUCCGCAACUUUCACGAAGGAAACAACAGACGCCACCCCACUAGAGGCUUUUCAUGAUGAAAGCAUUAAGUUUAAGAUCCAGAGGCAAGUUUGGCGUGCGAUAUGUCAAGCCGCCGAGUCAAACGAUUUACCCACACUUCAAUACCUGAUUUGCAACGAGAGUAAUCACCCACAAAUUGCCACAGCUGUUUCACAUUUUCGACGUAUACAGUCUAAAUCUCGAUGCGUUUGCGAAGGCGAUCAACCACCGGAGAACAUUUGCCACUACUCUCUCGGAAUACCUCGAUACACACAAUUUACAUCGCCAAUAAGGCGGUAUAUUGAUAUCGUGGUGCAUCGGCUACUAAUUGGUCUCGUUUUGACGUCUUCCACCAAUAAUCACCCCAGCAAAGAUGAAGUUUUAAAGGUGUGCCGACGUCAUACAUUUAUGCAAGACAACGCACGUAAAUUUGAGAAGUAUUGCAAGAGGAUCCAUCUGGCCACUCAGCUCCAGCAACGGUGUCGUGAGACACGAGUUUUCACUGAAUCCAUUCAGCAUCAGUCCUUGCAUCUUCAAAUCUUAAAUAGAGAAGAUGAUCUCUUGGCUAAUAAGAACAAAACAAUUGCCCUUCGUCACCUUAAUUUACUGACCGUGGAUGAAAAAAAAGAACAUCAAGGUGAGGAACAGUCGAUCAUUCUCAAGUGGAAAAUCAGAAAGUAUAUGGCGCCAGAUUUCAAGAGAAACACCACAGAGUUAUCCACUUCCAAUUACAAAGGCACUGACGAAGUGAUCGAAAUUCCUCCUGAUGUUUGGGUUUCUGUGUUGGAUAUGAUUCGAGCUAACGACAAGGAGAAUCUAGUAACCACCAUCAAGAAAAUGCAAGAGAAGCUAAGCGCGAUACCUUCCAGUCGUAGGAAGGACACCUCAGCUCAAACGUCUUUUGGCCAGGUGCAUGAGAUCCAUUACAAGCAUCCUCAUCACAAUGACGAGGCACAACCGUCAUCUGAGGCAGCAGUAGACCAUUUUUACGAGAAGAAAGUUACACUAAGAAAAUACGAUUUCCUCUCUGUGCAGCUCUGUCCUCACAUGAUACGAGGAAUCCUCGAACCAGAUGUCCAAGUAUUUAAGGUAGAUGCUCAUCUCAAUGUCUGCAUUGAACACCGUAAGUAUCCAAGGGAGUCAUUUUCGCACACAGCGAGACACCAAGCAUCAAGGGAACGGUAUGAAAGUAUCGACGAGUACGUAGAAGCUUGGAAACCAGUUAUUGCGAUGGAGGCAGCGACAGAAGCGGUAAAGGAGAAUGAUGGGUUCACCAUUGAAAACCUUAACGUGCUAUGGAAACACAAGGCGGAUUCUGUAAGAGGAGAGUUUGAGCUUCCUUUCAGCUACUGUGAUAGUCGUCAAUUAAAUUUCCAUAUGGGAGAUCUCGUAUGUAUCCGUAUGUCUUACUGCGAAAUAUCGCCUUCUUCGGUGGAAAGUGAAAGCCACGGAAAGUCUUCCAAAGACGGUCUACAUUCUGAUUCAAGCGGAAGUGCUAGUGACUUUUGGGUGGCACACUGCAUUAUCAAAAGUGUUAAGUUUCUUAAAGAAAAACGGAUGGUAAAAGUGAAAAUGUAUCUUCAUCAAUCGGCGUCAACCACACCAGAGGGACUUUCCAACGAAGAGGGUUACAGAUGUACUCUAGAACUCAUCCACAGAACACUUCCUCAAAGACGAAUGUAUGCAGCGCUGUGCAGUUUGAAACACUCAUCUGAGCUAGUUCAUGCCAUUUGCAGAGGAGAGGAGCCUUCAAAAGAAAGUUAUGGCGAACUCCCCACAAGCCUGUUUUUGACACAGUUUGGAUUUAAGAAGUUGAACACAUAUCAAGAGGCCGCGGUCAAAGAAGCACUUUGCCAUCCAUUCACGCUAAUACAGGGCCCACCAGGUACUGGGAAAACCGUAACAGGAGUACACAUCGCCUACUGGUUCGCGGAACAAAACAAGACGAAAAAGUCUUUGAAGCUGUUGAAAAAAGAGACAAGUGAAACUGAAUGUGAUGGAGCACACAAAUCACCGCCUCAAGUUAUUUAUUGUGGACCGUCUAACAAGUCUGUGGACGUGGUUACAGAGCUCCUUUUGAAAAUGCCAGAUUUAAAAGUUCUCAGAGUUUACAGUGAUCAAAUUGAGCAGAAAGAGUUUCCAAUUCCAAACAAGUUGAAGCCAGCUCGAACAACGAGGAGUGAUGACGAACUGAAAAUUUCCAGUGAUCAAAUAAGGUCUGUAUCCCUUCAUCACGUGAUUAGAGGUCCUGAAUGCCCUCAUUCGGAAGAGCUAAGGAAAUAUGAAGAAGGGUUCGCUCAGUGUAAAGCGAUGAAGGAAACUAUAGGCCAAAAGGAAGUCGCCGAUUACCGCAAGGUCAUUGGACUGGCUGAAAAGUGGGCUCUUCAAGAGUCUGGAGUUCAAAUCAUUCUCUGUACUUGCGCCGCUUCGGGAAGUCCUAGGAUAGUCUCUUCUUGCGACAACAUCCAGCAAUGCAUUGUCGAUGAAUGUGGCAUGUGCAUGGAACCUGAAUCACUAGUGCCUAUUACGUGUUCUGGAGCAAAACAAGUGGUUUUGAUUGGUGAUCACAAACAACUGCAGCCUGUAAUACAAGACCACGUCGCAAAGACACUUGGCUUGAGUGUGUCGAUGUUUGAAAGGCACUCUAAACGAGCUACCAUGCUGGAACUUCAGUACAGAAUGCAUGAUGGAAUUUGCGAAUUUCCAUCGAGACAAUUUUAUGAUGGAAAGCUACGUACAGCUGACGUGGUGAAGUCACGUGCUCCUAGUCCAAUUUCCUUUUGGCCUGCACAGAGGAAACUACCAAUUGUGUUCUGUCACGUGGAAGGGCAAGAAGAGUCUGCUGCCAUAGCAACCUCAGAGAGCAACGAGGAGUCCAAGAGAAACAUGAAAGAAGUUCGUAAGGCAGUUCAAAUAGCAAAGCAUCUUGUUAACCGUUACGUGGCCCAUGUGCAAAAGUCAGAUGUGGUCAUUCUGUCACCUUACAGAGAACAGCGAAGCAAAAUCACCGAACUCUUAAAGGGAGCAUAUGAGGAUAUCAAAGUUACAACAAUCACUAAAAGUCAAGGGAGUGAAUGGGAUUACGUCAUAAUAUCGUUGGUUCGAUCCGUGAACCGUGACGAAAUAGAUCCUGAGCCGUCCCUUUCUUGGCUUCGUGAACAUCUGGGGUUCUUGACUGAUGAGCAUCAAAUGAACGUGGGACUCACUCGAGCACGCAGAGGACUUUGCAUUAUAGGAAACAGGUAUCUCCUGGAGUUAGAUCCAGCGUGGAAAAGCUUGAUAGAGCACUACGAAAAGAAUGACUGUCUUGUGAACGAGGACUGGCCUCGGUCAUAAUUGAGUCACAGAAGUAAAUAUUUGUUUAAUCAACAAGACUGAAAUAUACUAAAGUCAGGGGAGAAUUUUUAGAGAACUUUUUCAAGAUUAGAGCUUUUUGUAUAAUCUUCCAGGGAGUGGUGGUUUUGUAGGACAUGACUAGAAGGAAAGGAAUGGAAAGCAUUUCAAAAACUUAGUGUGACGAGAGUGAGGGAAUAUUCCGAUCUCUCUUUGAAGUCAAAUUCUAUAGCUUUUUUAAAUAUUAUUCAAAAAAUUAAGAUUGUUUUUUUAAAAGACGUGUAAAACUAACUUGAGCAGGAUACUGUUAUCCUAUAUUCAUCGCUUCGACAAUUUGGCGUCAAAUGCAUGUAAGUAGCAGUUGGCUAAAUUACUUCAAAUCAGAGGAGCAGAGCUGGAUUACCUCUCCAAAAAUUUAAGACUGACAAUUAUUUUUCUCAAUCAAAAAUGUUUUGUAUUUAAUCUGGGAGCAUAAGUCUUUUUUAAAUCACUAAGGGCAAUCAUAACGCUCACGUUGGAUAUGUAAUACGAGUUUCGCUCCAACCUAAUGCGUUCCUUCUCGCCUUAUUGUGU